UCAUUAAUAAAAAGGAAGCGAGGGGUAAGAGAUAGUAAAAGUCAAUAGUUUUGGUAAAUGGCCUGGCAAAAGGAAUGUAUGCUAGAACCGGUGGGUUAUCUAAAGGCUGCUUCUCAUGGAAUUCUACUUGGCGAAGUCUGAGGGUUCGUAGCUUGUACGUAGGAUAGUUAAAUUAUAAAUAAUGAUAGUAGUGGUUUUGAUGGGUGACUGGUCGUUUUUCAGCAGGGGGUUUCAUUAUUGUGGUAGUCUUGACAAGAGGAUGAGUCCCAGUUUGGUAGUUGUUUGAAUUAGUCAAAGUGUUUGUUCAGUGUUAAUUUAGAGGCGUUUUAGCCAAGAGUUACAAAAAUACGGCAAAGAUAGAAGGGCUAAGUAGUGAGAGAGGCUGGAAGUAUCUGUAAGUGUUUUGGAAUCCUAGGUUGAUUACAAGAAAAGUCAGGAUCACUUUAUCUGCAAUGAUAAGAGAGACAGAAAUUCAAAACCAGAAGAACAGCCUGAUAGAUGACUGCUGCAUCGAUACUGGAGAUACUUUAUAAGGCGACUGUUUGCAGCAUUAAUUGACUGUGUGAAUAGAAAUCUAAAAAUUAUAAUCAGGAAUUUACAGAGUUGAUAUUAUCCAAACAGACUGAGGUUUAUCCUUAACAAUUUUAACAAUGUUAUUGGCUCCAGCUAUUGCUCUAUGCUAGAAAUAGAUUAUGAAGCUCUCAGUAGUGAAAUUGUUGAUCAAGCAAGUUUCUGGUUCAAGAUGCUUAUCUAAUAAAUUCUUGUUAAUGC